AGUCUGCUGUUCCAUCCGCUCAGUGUUCAGUCGCGCGGAGAGGAGAGGAGGCGCAGCCAUGGCAACGACAGAGGCAGAAACCCGCCAGAAGCUGGUGAGGAACGUGAAGAAGGAGGUAAAGCAGAUUAUGGAGGAAGCGGUCACACGGAAGUUCGUUCACGAAGACAGCAGCCACAUCGUCUCCUUCUGCGCUGCUGUGGAGGCGUGUGUGUUGCACGGACUCAAGCGGAGGGCAGCUGGGUUUUUGCGCAGCAACAAGGUGGCGGCUCUCUUCACAAAAGUGGGGAAAAGUUUCCCCCCAGCUGAGGAGCUCUGCCGCAAAGCUCAGGAACUGGAGCAACUCCUUGAGAGCAAACGGAGUCAGACGCUUUCGUGCGACAGCUCCCGCAAGCUGCCCAAGCUGCCCGGCCUCUCCCCGCAGUCCGUCCGGCAUCUGUGGAUCCGCACGGCUCUCAUCGAGAAAGUGCUCGACAAGAUCGUCCUGUACCUGGUGGAGAACAGCAGUAAGUUUUAUGAAAAAGAAGCCGUUCUGAUGGACCCGGUGGACGGCCCCAUCCUGGCCUCGCUGUUAGUGGGCCCAUGUGCGUUGGAGUACACUAAGAUGAAGACGGCCGACCAUUUCUGGACGGAUCCGUCGGCUGAUGAGCUGGUGCAGAGACACAGGAUCCACAGCGCACAUUACAGACAGGACUCACCCACCAAGAGACCUGCACUGUGUAUCCAGAAAAGACACUCCAGCAGCAGUAUGGAUGAGCGUCCGUCUCCGUCUCCCUCUGCAAGGGACUAUGUGGAGUCACUGCACCAGAACUCCAGAGCCACGCUCCUUUUUGGCAAGAACAACGUGCUUGUACAGCCGAGGGACGACAUGGAGGCCAUCCCAGGGUACCUCUCUCUGCACCAGACGGCCGAUGCCAUGACCCUGAAGUGGACGCCCAAUCAGCUGAUGAAUGGCUCCAUGGGAGACCUAGACUACGAGAAGAGUGUCUAUUGGGACUAUGCUAUGACCAUUCGCCUGGAAGAGAUUGUGUAUUUGCACUGUCAUCAGCAGGUGGACAGUGGCGGGACGGUGGUGCUGGUCAGUCAGGACGGUAUCCAGAGGCCUCCACUGCGUUUCCCACGAGGCGGGCACCUCCUGCAGUUCCUCUCAUGUUUAGAGAACGGCCUGCUGCCUCACGGCCAGCUGGACCCUCCGCUGUGGUCUCAAAGAGGGAAGGGAAAAGUGUUUCCUAAGCUGAAGAAGAGAGGGCCUCAGGGAUCCAUGGACUCCGUCUCAGACAAGGAGGAGGACGAGGCCACCGAUUACGUCUUCCGCAUUGUCUUCCCCAACAGCCAGUCUGAGUUCGUGGCUGUGACCCAGUCCUCGAACCCACUGGGGGGCACUACCCUGCUGUCCCGCUCGUCCUCCCUGUUCCCAGCCAUCGGGAGGCAGCAGAGCCCCAGGCUGCAGACUGUAGUGGUGCCCAAACGCUGCUGCAGCUUCCCAAAUGAGCCCUCGUCGCCCACUGGGUCGCCAGCAGGGUCGCCCUCCUCGCCCAACUCCGCUCCAGAGUUGUUGGAGCAGGGGGCGAACAUGUGGCAGCCCAGAAAGUCCUCCUGCUCGUCCUGCUCUCAGGGCAGCUUCUCCGACGGAGCGCCCCCUAAUGGCUGCAACCACGAGAGAGCCCCUCUGAAGCUCCUCUGUGACAACAUGAAGAAUCAGAUCAUCUCCAGAGCAUUCUAUGGAUGGCUGGCGUACUGCCGUCACCUGUCCACCGUGCGUAUCCACCUGUCCGCUCUGGUCAACCACACCAUCGUGGAGCCUGAUGUGCCGAGUGAUGCGUACGGAGGUCUAACCGCAGAAGUGUGGAACAGAUUCCUGCAGGACUGCCGCGCUUAUGAUGAGAAGGAGCUGCUAAGGCUGGUGUACUUUGGAGGUGUAGAGCCUUCUCUGCGUAAGGAAGUCUGGCCCUUCCUCCUGGGCCACUACCAGUUUGGGAUGUCUGAGAGCGAGAGAAAGGAGGUGGAUGAGCAGGUGCGGGCAUGCUACGAGCAGACAAUGAGUGAGUGGUUAGGCUGCGAGGCCAUCGUCCGGCAGAGAGAGAAAGAGCAGCAUGCCGUCGCCCUGGCCAAGUGCUCGUCUGGGGCCAGCAUAGACAGCAGCAGUCAGAGGAUGCUCCACCGCGACUCAACCAUCAGCAAUGAGUCUUCUCAGAGCUGUAGUUCAGACAGACAGAGAGAUGCUCGCCUACAGAGUGACUCCAGUAGCAGCACACAGGUGUUCGAGUCUGUCGAGGAUGUUGACCAGAUCGAGACUGAGCCCAAAAGCGAGGAAGCCAAACGUGUCCAUAAAGUCUCUAACGGGGCACCACACAAUGGCAGUGCUUCGCCUGACUCAGGACACCCCUCUUCUAGAAACUUCUCAGUGGCCUCAGGGCACUCAGAUUCGCUCAGCACGGAAGACAGCGGGGUGCAGGAGUUGAAUGCCAAAGCUUCCGGCCAAACACAGCCAGCCCCAACCGCAAGCCAAACUGUAGCAUUAGAUACUGAUAGUAAUCGAAGCCAGGGUAGCCAAAUGAAAGGAGCCAACGGGUCUGAGGUGGAUGAGGCAUUGCAGCAAGGUUCAGAUAAGGAGAGUACAGAGAAAACUGAUGGUUCCUUAAAGGACAAGGAGGGGAAGGUGUCAGGGUCUGCAGGAGUUGACACUGAAAAACUAGACAAUGGUGAAGCGUCUCAAAUGGAGGACACUAGAUGUCUAGAUGAACGGUCAAGAGCCAGUAUAGCAGGAACAGAAGCAGAAAGAGCAUCUAAAUCACAGCUUGCAACAGAAGAGAGAGAGAAGUCCAGAGUUGUCAAGGCUUCAGAUGCAUUGGAGGAAAAGAUGCUGACAUCUUCAGCAGAGAAAGAAGAGGCAUCAAAAGACUCAGAGACGGUCAAGAUGCCUCUAGAACCAACUCCAGAGUCCCAAAAGGAUGUCACAUCAAAGAAAAUGCUAGCAUCAGAAGCAGAAAUGGCUAGACUGCAUCAAAUGGGCGCAAGACCAAAAAUGGAAGAAGCUCGGCGAGUAAGGAAAGAGGAGUCCAGUGUUAAAGAGGUGCCAAAGGAGGAGGCCAGCCGCAAGAAAGCAGUGAUGCAGAGCCCCCCCGUGGUGGAGGAGACUGUGGUGCCAGUUGUGUUUGAAGCAUUCAGUACACGUAAAAUGAGCGAAACGCCAUCGGAUGAGUCUCCCUCAGCCAUCGAGAUGGAGGAGAUCCCUUCGGCCAGGGUUUCUGUAGCCUGGGACAGACAGCCUCGCACCCAGGGCAAAUCUGCCACUGUGCCUGUGUUGGACCUCAGAGCGGAUGGAGGAGGCUCUCAAGGCAGCCCUGAAGGCACUGAGUCUGUCCUGUCAGAUGAGCCUCAGAUGGAGAGUCUCUACCCACAGUUUGAUUCACUCGCUGUAACAGGAGACAAAAACGGAGCCACAUCACCAGUGUCCUCCAUAGGGACCACUUACUCGCAGGAGCUGCUGGACAUGUACACUCUCAACUUGCACCGUAUUGAGAAGGACGUGCAGAGGUGUGACAGGAACUACUGGUACUUCACCCCAGCUAACCUGGAGAAGCUCCGCAACAUCAUGUGCAGUUACAUCUGGCAGCAUCUGGAGAUCGGAUAUGUGCAGGGCAUGUGUGACCUGCUGGCCCCUCUGCUGGUCAUUCUGGACGACGAGGCUCUGGCGUUCAGUUGUUUCACUGAGCUGAUGAAGAGGAUGAACCAGAACUUUCCACACGGAGGAGCGAUGGACACUCACUUCGCCAACAUGAGAUCCCUCAUCCAGAUCCUGGACUCAGAACUCUUUGAGCUGAUGCAUCAGAAUGGCGACUACACUCACUUCUACUUCUGCUAUCGCUGGUUUCUCCUAGACUUCAAAAGAGAGCUGGUGUAUGAUGACGUGUUUGCGGUGUGGGAGACCAUCUGGGCGGCUAAAUACGCCUCCUCCGGCCAUUUUGUGCUCUUCAUCGCUCUGGCCCUCGUCGAGCUCUACAGAGACAUCAUCCUGGAGAACAACAUGGACUUCACCGACAUCAUCAAGUUUUUCAAUGAAAUGGCUGAACACCACAACGUGAAGCAGGUCCUGGCUCUGGCCCGAGACCUGGUGAGCAAAGUACAGACGCUCAUUGAGAACAAGUAACCCAGAGUCCACCACCUCCUCGCCCUUCGUCACCAUGCCAAAACACUCCAUCAGCCUUCGCUGCAGCAGAACCAACAGGAUCCAGCUGAACGUUCGGUGUACCGACAGCUUAGCGCAUAAAAUCGACCUCCAGCUAACCUACCUGAAACCAGCCAGUGUGUCAUUCUACUCGUUCACCUGUCAAAUCAGGUUCAACUUAACAAAAGAACUCUUGGUACUAAGCAUAUGCUGCUACUCUGCUCCUGAGGUGUUUACAUUUAGACGUGCGGCUCUAGUUUCAGAGUUAGCGACGGCUAGCAAAAGCUGUUCUUGGAAAUUUCAAGUAAGGUGCGUUUUAAAGUUAAGCCAGACUGUGACACUUCCAUUAGAAGCCUGAUUUAGGUUUAACAUACACAUUUCGAGUCAAACCUGAACAGUAAUGUAGCCCUCGGCUAUAUUAAACGAGGCGCUUUAGCCUGUUUAGCUCAGACGCUUCCCUUCCACAGCUGUGCUUCUGUUACUGUGUUUAUCUUUGAACUCUCAUGGUUUUUUGAGUCUAAAAGUCACACUAGACGUUUGCAGUUCACGUCUCGUCUCGUCCGGUGGUGAAAGGAAUUCCCCCUUUUUUGGUGCAGUUAACAGUUUAGCAGUUAUUUAGCAUCCCAGCUGUGGCUAGCGAUAUUGGGUUGGGAAUGGGGACACAACAUAAAGCUAUUAUACCUCACUAAUGCCGGAUUUAUUCCACUUCUGACUAAUUUCUAACCAUGCCAGCUCUCUUUCAUGCUAAUUUAUAGUUGCUUCAGGAAAAGUUAUUGUAAAAAUAUUGUGCUUAGUCACCGCUAAAGUUAGCGCUUCCUCCAUUUCAGUGCUGCUGUAUGAAGCCACGCCACUUCAGAGAUCAAUGCAGCCAAAGCAGUUGUACUAUAUUAGUCGAUAAUAUGAAUUCACAUGUCAUCGUUCACCACAGCUGAACUGAAAGUGCAGUUUUUUCAUUCUGUUAGUCUGUGACGCGAAAAUCUUCAUUACGGCGAAAUAAGUUGAAAUGAGCGUAAACGCUAGUGUGACUGGGCCUUAAAGGGGGAAUUUCACCAAUUUGUCAAACGUUCUGCCUUAUUAUUGGCUAACAUGUAGACAGUGUCAUUCCGAGUGGUUUGGUGUGAAAUGCUUCAUUUUAGAGGAACUUAGAGUAAGAAUUGUUCACAGUGGUGGUGAUAGGAACCAGACGUCUGAAGCUUCUGAAAAAUGCGACAAACUACAGAUUAUCACAUACAAUGGUUAUAAAAACACUGUCUGAUACCCAAUUCAUUGUUUAUGAUAGCUUUGAGAAGAUUUCAGUCUAGAGCAUGUGUUUUUAAAUCCUUUCAUGGUGAAUAGUGAACAUCAAGACAAAAUAAUUCCCUAAAGAAAACUUUUUUUCAUAUAUAUCACUAUUUUACCAACAUGAACAUUUCAUAAAAUUUAGAGAACACAUAUUGGUUCACUGGUGGUUUUG